AUGGGGCCACUCAUGACAACCGCCGUCCGGGCGCUCUUCCUCAAAGCCGGUGCCAACGUCACCGCCCAGCUGGCCUCACGCUGGCACACCCAGGACCCCAUCCCCCAGCCCAUCGACCGCCAGCGUAUCGUCGAGUUUGCCAUCUACGGCUUCUUCCAGGCCCAGCUUGGAUACUGCUGGCACAUCUUCCUCGAGCGGCUGUUCCCCAGCCGCCACUCCCUCCCGGCCGAGUCGCCCGCUCCGCCAAAGCCAGAGAAAAAGGACGACGACGAGGAGCGCCGCAUGAGCACCGAGGGCACCUCUGCAAAGUUCCUCGAGUCCCUGAGGGCGACACGUACCGGGGUUAGAUGGCCCUGCAUCAUCGCAAAGCUGGUGCUCGACCAGACCGUCGGCAUGGUUACCUUUCUCACCAUCUUUCUCGUCUGGACCAACUGGUUCCGCGUCGACACUUUCGCCGAGAUAGCAGCCAUAUGGAGGGCAAAGCUGUUUGUCAUCCUGUCCACCGGUUGGAUGAUUUGGCCUUGGGUCAUGCUGCUUAACUUUGUCUUCGUGCCGGUAGAGAAACGGCAGUUCGUGGCUGUUUGCGUUGGCUUCUGCUGGAAUGUCAUACUUAGUCUCCUUACCCAUCCUGACCCGCCUCACUCACAUCACUGA